AUGUUAGGAGCCUCAUUUCUUCCCGCUCGUUUACGCCAUGAGCACGAUCAACCAGCGCCGUCGAAUCCAGGCUACCUGAAUCGGCAAAUCACCCAAGUACUCCAGAGCGUCGCUCGUGCCGCCUUCACGCAUCCUAUGUACACCAUAUUCACCGUGGCGAUAUUGGCAAGCACAUCAUAUCACGGUCUCCUGGAAGGCAGCCUCUUCGGCCAUGCAAAAGUGGGUAAAGAUAUAGCUGGCACGGAUCUUACGUCGCUCGUCGAGGGCGGUCGACGAUUACGGCUCGGGGAAGAAACAUCAUGGAAAUGGCAGUCCGAAAAUGGAGCCUCCAGGGACCCAGUUGAGGUACGAACUGCACCAUUGGCAGACCAGGUUUCCAUACCUGCCAACAGCUCAGUGAGCACUCUGCCAACGACGUGGAACCCGCUAUCUCCAAUUUCGCAAGACACGACUCUAGCUUUCGCGGUCCCCGCCAAUGAAGCAUCAGACUUUUUGGCCACUGUUCAAGAGAUACCACAUAGACCAGAGUUGCAAGGAGAAGAGGGGGCUUAUGACGGCGGUCCUACACAGAAGCCGAACGCAUGGGUUGUUAAAGCCGCAAAAAUGGGUCGUCAAUCUGCCCAGGCUACGAUAGGUGUUUCAGCUGCCAAUACAUGGACCAGUUUUGUAGACCUCAUAAAGAACGCGGAGUCGUUAGACAUCAUUAUUAUGGUCAUCGGGUACCUAGCUAUGCAUUUGACGUUUGUUUCACUUUUCAUGUCGAUGCGACAUAUGGGCUCGAACUUUUGGCUUGCAACUUCAGUAUUGAUCUCUUCUGUAUUCGCAUUCCUUUUCGGCCUCGGCAUGACCAACCAGCUCGGGGUCCCUAUCAACUUUGUAUUGCUGUCGGAAGGCUUGCCGUUCCUUGUCGUCACUAUCGGCUUUGAGAAGCCUAUCAUACUCACAAAAGCCGUUCUUUCAGCUUCAGGAAACUCGCGAGGGCAAGGCGUACGACAAGACUCGGAUUUCUCUACAACCGCCAGCUCUUCGCAGACUAUUCAAUCGUCGCUUCAGGUAGCGGUACAGGAGAAAGGCUUCGCAAUAAUUCGAGACUACUGCGUAGAACUCGCCAUUCUCAUUGCUGGUUCUGCGUCGGGAGUGCAGGGUGGUUUGACACAAUUCUGCUUUCUUGCUGCUUGGAUAUUGGUAUUUGACUGUCUACUACUUUUUACGUUUUAUACCGCUAUACUCAGCGUGAAGUUGGAGAUUAACCGCAUCAAACGCCAUGUGGCUCUAAGCAGAGCUUUGCAAGAAGACGGAAUCAGCAAACGGGUAGCUGAGAACGUCGCCUUAAACGACGAAUUAGCAAGUAAUAGGAUACAAAGUGUGGGAUCCAACGGCAAUGGUGUCAGCGACGUGUUCGGUAACGGUAAGAAGGCGCGCGACAGCAGUAUCCCAAAGUUCAAGGUUAUAAUGGUCGGCGGAUUCCUCUUCAUCAACGCCUUGAAUCUGGGCACCAUGCCUUUUCGAGCACGCAGCAGGAAGGCAGCGCCUACAUCUGUCUCCGGACUAUCUAAUGUGCUUACAUCACCUUCCAUGGAUCCUUUCAAGGUAGCACAAAAUGGGCUCGAUCUCCUCUAUAAUGAGGCUGUGGACAACAACUACUCUAUCACUGUCACCGUCCUACCGCCAAUCAAGUAUGACAUUCAAUCAUCUCAAUUGGAUACGGACGUUGAGAAUAUCAGUGGCUCAAUGUCUGACGGGGACUACACGGACCACUUUCUGGACUACGUCGUUGGAGGAAGGGUGGUCGGAGGGGUGCUUAAUAGCCUGGAAGACCCAGUCGUGAGCAAGUGGAUCAUCGUUACAUUGACUGUGAGCCUUGUACUCAAUGGCUACCUGUUCAACGCCGCCCGUUGGAGCAUUAAAGAACCUCGAGCUACCAAGGAAGUUGUCCGUGACGAUCAUGCCUUAGAAACAUCUAAGCACAAGAUUCUGCUGGGGCAUGAAAGGCUACCGGCAUUCGAUAGAAGUUUGCCGAACGCCGACGGCCACGUUCCCAAGCCGAAUGGAUUCAUCGACAUUGAAGCUACUCAAGCCUCAGAAUCUAGGGACCCCGUAGAAUGUGAGCAGAUGGUGAAAGACCGUCAAGCGGCUUAUCUCAACGAUCAUGAACUGAAUGAUUUGACUGUGCGAGGCAAGAUUCCAGGGUACGCCCUUGAGAAGACAUUGGAGAAUCUCGAUGUUAUGACAAGGCUUGCUUCUUUAACGCGAGCUGUCAAGAUCCGGCGAACAUUGGUAUCAAGAACCCCUGCGACAGCAGAGAACUCCGGCCAAUUGGAAAAAUCGAAACUACCGUAUCAAGAGUACAAUUAUGAGAAUGUUCAUGGCGCGUGCUGUGAGAACGUCAUCGGAUACAUGCCGGUACCGGUUGGUGUUGCUGGGCCAAUGGUCAUUGACGGAAAGUCUUACUAUUUGCCCAUGGCAACCACCGAAGGGGUCCUCGUUGCUAGUACAAAUCGAGGUUGCAAAGCUAUUAAUGCUGCUGGGGGGGCGAUCACUGUUCUCACUGGCGAUGGCAUGACGAGAGGCCCUUGCGUUGGCUUCGAGACAUUGAGCAGAGCGGGUGCUGCCAAGCUUUGGCUGGAUUCCGAAGACGGUCAGAGAACGAUGAAGAGAGCCUUCAACUCGACCAGCCGGUUUGCUCGUUUGCAGUCGAUGAAGACAGCCCUAGCCGGUACCUACCUUUACAUUAGAUUCAAGACGACCACGGGUGAUGCGAUGGGAAUGAAUAUGAUCUCCAAAGGAGUCGAAUGCGCCCUAGCCGUCAUGAGGGAAGAGAGCGGAUUCGAUGAUAUGUCCAUCAUCUCCGUAUCAGGGAACUAUUGCACGGACAAAAAGCCAGCUGCCAUCAACUGGAUUGACGGUAGAGGCAAGAGCGUCGUUGCGGAGGCUAUUAUCCCUGGAGAUGUCGUUCGAAGCGUCUUGAAGAGCGACGUCAAUGCCCUUGUUGAAUUGAAUACGAGCAAGAAUCUGAUUGGAAGUGCCAUGGCUGGUAGUAUUGGGGGUUUCAAUGCACAUGCAGCAAAUAUUGUCACUGCGAUUUUCUUGGCCACUGGUCAAGAUCCUGCACAGAACGUGGAGAGCAGUAAUUGUAUUACGGUCAUGCGAAACUAUAACGGCAACCUUCAGAUAUCCGUCUCAAUGCCCUCGAUUGAAGUCGGAACCAUCGGCGGCGGUACAGUCCUCGAGCCCCAGAGCGCUUGCCUCGACCUACUCGGCGUCAGAGGGGCUCAUCCAACCCACCCUGGAGAAAACGCGCGGCGGCUAGCAAGAAUCGUAGCCGCCAGUGUCCUUGCCGGAGAACUUAGUCUCUGCAGUGCUCUGGCGGCAGGUCAUCUCGUCAGAGCACACAUGGCACACAAUAGGAGCCAAGCGCCAACAAGGUCGACCACGCCUAUAUCUGCUGUGGCGAGCGCGGCACCCAACAAAGCGCAAGCAGCGGAAGGGUUGUCAAUGACUACGAAUGCGCGAGGACCUGCUGCAUCGAACCCUUCUACCCCCAGCAAAAGCGCGUCAGAUGAAGGGUUAAGCAUGACUGCCGCUACGCCUACAUCUGGUGCCCUAAGUGCGGCCCCGGGCAAAGGACACAGAGUGGAGGGGUUAACGAUGACACCCAAGGGUUGA